AUACCAGCCGGGGACCGCAGAGGAAUCCACCCUUGCAGGAUCCUGCAGGGUCAACCUCCAAUCGGAGCCCCAGAUCGGCGGGGGUGGGCCUGAAGCAGCUAGCGGGCUCGGGCUUGGCUCCCCACCAGGAACCAGGGACUGCCUGUGCGUUACCCGAUUAGGCAACCCCUGGGCCAGGUCGCGGCGGAGGGGCCUUCCCCUGUGCCGUCACUCCUGCUGAUAUACAGCCACUACAGCCAGGUUGACUACCAGUUGGGUAGCUGCUCGGGGGCCAUGGCCCACCCCCUCCAGGAUGCAUAACUCCUCCUGAGCUCGUCCACGAUCACUUCUCCGCAUUCUUUUAGCCGGUCGAUCGCCUUAUUUAUACCCGAUCCGUCGCCUGUUUGCUGGCUCUCAUUCUUUCGCUUUGUUUUCGUCAUCGGUGCAAGGCCGGUUUUAUCUCUGGUCUGCUCGCCCGGUUCCUGUGUCACUCUUUUCUCUGUAUCAUGCAUUUUUCUUCGCUUUCCCUGUCCCUGACGGCCUUGGCCAUCGUCAGCCCUUGUAUAGCUCACCCUCAGCCGGUCUUGCGACAGGAUGACUCCCAGACUCGUGCAGACACGAUCAAGUCCGCCUUCUCGCACGCUUGGGAUGGCUAUCUUCAAUAUGCCUUCCCUCAUGACGAGCUGCACCCCGUCUCGAACGGCUAUGGCGACUCCAGGAACGGAUGGGGUGCAUCCGCUGUAGAUGCGCUCUCCACGGCGGUGAUCAUGCGCAAUGCAACCAUUGUCAACAAGAUUCUGGACCACGUGGCCACGAUUGACUAUUCCAAGACCGACAGCACCGUGAGCCUGUUCGAGACAACCAUCCGCUACCUGGGUGGUAUGCUGUCUGGCUAUGACCUGUUGAAGGGUCCCGCCUCCGACCUGGUGUCGGACUCAUCCAAAGUCGAUGUCCUUUUGACCCAGUCGAAGAACCUUGGCGACGUUCUCAAAUUCGCCUUCAACACCCCCUCCGGCGUUCCGUAUAACAACCUCAACAUCACCUCUGGGGGUAAUGACGGAGCCACGACCAACGGUCUGGCUGUGACUGGCACACUGGCGCUGGAGUGGACGCGGCUAUCCGAUCUGACGGGAGAUCCCACCUAUGGAGACUUGAGCCAGAAGGCCGAGUCGUAUCUCCUCAACCCGCAGCCCAAGUCCGCGGAGCCAUUCCCGGGCCUGGUGGGAAGCAAUAUCAACAUCGCCACUGGGCAGUUUGCGGAUGCGCAGGUGAGCUGGAACGGCGGUGACGAUUCCUACUAUGAAUACCUGAUCAAGAUGUACGUGUAUGACCCGAAGCGGUUCGGUCUCUACAAGGACCGCUGGGUGGCGGCGGCGCAGUCGACUAUGCAGCAUCUGGCGUCGCACCCGUCGUCUCGCCCGGACCUGACCUUCCUGGCCUCGUACAAUAACGGCACCUAUGACCUGAGCUCGCAGCACCUGACUUGCUUCGAUGGAGGGAGCUUCCUGCUGGGUGGAACCGUGCUGAAUCGAACUGACUUCAUUAACUUUGGCCUGGCCCUGGUGAAUGGAUGCCAUGAUACAUACAACUCGACGUUGACCGGGAUUGGGCCGGAGACGUUUAGCUGGGAUACGAGCUCCAUUCCAGCCAGCCAGCAGACGCUCUACGAGCAGGCCGGGUUUUACAUCACCAGCGGGGCCUACAUUCUGCGCCCGGAGGUCAUCGAGAGCUUCUACUAUGCCUGGAGAGUGACUGGGGACGAAACAUACCGCGAAUGGAUCUGGAGCGCGUUCAGCGCCAUCAACGACUAUUGCCGCACGGGCUCGGGAUUUGCGGGUCUGACGGAUGUCAACGCGGCCAACGGAGGCGGUCGGUACGACAACCAGGAGAGCUUCCUGUUCGCGGAGGUGAUGAAGUACUCGUACCUGGCGUUCUCGGAGGAGGCGGAGUGGCAAGUACAGACCGGCGGCGGGAACAAGUUUGUGCUGAACACGGAGGCGCACCCGGUCCGGGUGAGUACAUAGUAUUUUUAGAUACUAGAGCAUAUAUUAGGGUAUUGUUAAAGUAUAAUAUAGUCGUCUACCACCAAGA